AACACAGUCAUGCUGCAGGUCGGUCGGAUCACCGCGCUCUCGAGUGUCAGACUCCUCUUACUCUGGACCGUCGUACGAGCGCUUAACGUCACCGAGAAGUGCGCUCGGGACGCCAGCGCGUUCCUGUCGGAGCUGGAGAGAGACUCUCCUCAGAGAUACGCCGUUCUGAUGUAUGAUGCGUUUGGGAAGCUGGGAAGUGACGUGGAGGGGGGAAACAUGAACCAGAUCGGGUCUCUACAGGAGUGUCUGUCUGUCAAAGGACCCGGAUUUGGAGGACGAUACUGUCAGGUGUUUCUCAAGCAGGGGUUCCUUCAUUAUUUCGUGGGGAUCUGUAUGCCUGAUUCCUGCAGUGAGGAGGAAGUGCUGCUGCUAGUCUACGAUGAUUUUAGACACGGUGGAACCUCCCUCAUUGCUCCCGUCCCCCAUCUGUACUCACCUGAUCCAACCCUGGAGCUUCACAACAUUCAGUGUAUGGAGAGAGACGUCAGACCUGACGGAUCUGCUAUCGUCUGUCUGUGUGUGUGUGUCCUGAUGAUGGUUCUGCCUCUCGCCGCGACCCUCUGUGAACCCCUCGUUAGGAGGUGCAAAGGGAGGGACGCCGGAUCAGGAGUCGAACUCGCGAACUACGGAGCGCUUUUAGAAAACAGCUCAGCCAAUCAGAGCCGAGCGUGCGCCUCGCUUCAGGAUGACACGCCGGUGCACGAGGGGAGAACGACAAGCCAGGCGUCGGCGAUGCUGCGCGGUUUCUCCGUCCGCUGCAGCGGUGUGCUUUCGGGUGAUGGUGGUGCCUCGGGGUGCAGGUAUCCCUCACUGCAUGGGGUUCGAAUCCUCAGUCUCUUCUGGAUCAUCUGUGGUCACACGGUGCAGCUCAGCGUCUGGAGUGGCCUCGAUAACGUGACGAGAUGGCGGGAGGUCGUGGACAUGAACGCUCUGUACGUGGUGGCGUUUAGUGGACCGGUUUAUCUGGCUGUUGAUACUUUCUUAUUACUGGGUGGGAUCCUGAGUUCUAAAUCACUGCUCGCGUCCAUUCAGAGAUCAGAGGACAAACUGAGCCUCCGUCUGAUCGCUCACUUCCUCUACAGGAGAUUCACAAGGAUCCAGCCGCUGCACCUCUACAUGGUGUGUGUGAUCGUUGCACUGUUCUCACUCGUUCAUGAUGGAACCUUCUGGUUCGUUGCUGAGGAUGAAAUGAUGAACUGUAGGAAGUUCUGGUGGUCCAACCUGCUGCUCAUCAACAACCUGUUUACCAUCACACACACUUGUGCCCCCUGGACCUGGUACCUGUCUGUUGACUUCCAGUUCUACGCAACCACACCAUUACUGGUUUUCCUUUACAGACUGAACAAUGGUGUGCUGGUUGGUGUUGCGGUGCUUCUGUUUCUCAUCUGUGGUGUCUCCAGUGCUUUAAUCACCGAGUUCCUGAACUUACCAGUUCAUCAACCAACAACUCUUGAAUACGAGAGCUACUUCCAGUAUUACUACAACAAGCCCUACACCAGAUACGGUCCGUACCUGCUCGGCAUCCUUACAGGAAUUUACAUGACGACCAAAACUGAGGCUCUCAUAAAGCAGAAGUGGCAGGCCGCUGUUGGUUGGCUCGUAUCCCUGUCCUUGAUGGCGGCGACGGUGGGGUGUGCCUACCUGCUGAGAGGUCAGGGGUCACCGGGCCACGCUGUGUAUCAGGGACUCCAUCGCUUGCUCUGGGCCUUCGCUGUGGCUUGGGUCAUCCUGGCCUGUGAGGAGGGGUACGGAGGAUUGGUGAACAAGUUCCUGUCCGCACGAGCGUGGGUUCCUCUGUCCAACAUCAGCUUCGCCUGCUACCUCGUUCACCCCGUCCUCAUCCUGCUCUACAACACCAGACAGGAGACUGCGCUCCAUUACACAGAUCUCAACUUCUUGUAUCUGUUCCUGGGUCACUCGCUCCUCGCUGUGGUUCUGGGUUUUGUCCUCACAGUGCUGGUUGAGAAGCCCUAUCAGUUCCUGAGCAGAAUUAAAGGAUAAACACUCUCAGACAUUGCAGUGUCUUUAGAACUUCGCUGUGAGACUCUGUGAACUGUAUGUGAAUAACAUGAUGGCUUUAUUAUUAUGUAAAUAAACGAUAUGACGUGAA